AUGGACGGAGAAAAAGUUACAGGUAACGAUUCUUCCAAUUUCUCCAUAAACGCACAACUAGAUUCAACCCCUCGAAAUAAUAUAUUUGGAAGGAAGACGAGAGGUGAGCCUAACAAAGAUAUUGUUGAAGACACUAAUAUACGUUAUUUAGAUUUCUAUAAGGGGGAGGACAUAUGUUCGAAGCUAUAUUGGUAUGCUACUAAUACGCAGAAAAACAUUUGUGUUAUGUCUGCAACCGGUUCAAUAUCAGAAGUUACACUUCAAACAGGAGACAAUUACUUGGUAACAAAUAAAUAUGAGGGAUUUUAUAAAAUUGUAACAUUAGCAGGUUUGAUUUUGCCCAUUAAAACAAACACUACCGGCUCCACAAUAGCGGUCAAACAAGGAGGAUUGAUGGUUGCAUUUGAAGGUGAAGAUGGGCGUUUAGUAAAUGGCUUAGUUUCAAGCUCACUAAUAGCCUAUGAGAAAGUUGAGGUUUUAGCUAGUAUAUACACAUCUAGACCCAGUGAAUAUAAAACAUGGGAAGAAAUAGAAUCAAGCGAGUCCAUACAAAUUUCUUCAUCGGUUUCAAGUGGCUCAAUUCCCAAUUUUCAAUCAAACUUACAAUGGGUCACUAGUACGACAAAUCCUGUAUCCGAAAGAGCCGAAGUGACAAGCAACAAUAGAUUUGUGGGUCAAGGGAGUAGCAUGCCUCUUAAACCAAAGGAGACACCGAAAGACAAUCAAAAUCGAAAAGUCCUUACACUGAUGUUUAAAGGCAUUACAGUUAUCAGUAGAGUGACUCUUCAUUUGAUG